AAUUAACCCGCGCCGGCUUCGCCUAACAAGAGACAAGUGGAGAGGAGCUGCUUUUUUUUUCCUUCUGUUAUUCGUUAUAAUUCGUUUGCAUAUCACGGUGGUGGCAGCAUUUUCAUCUCCAGAGACGACACGCUGGACUUCAUUCUUUGGCGAGUGCUUCGACAGGCAAGAUCGGCUUCUUCUGCACGCGAAAAAUUCUGAUCGCUGAGGAAAAAAUAAUUGAAUAAUUGGAGUCUUUGAAGUUAUUGCUGCGAGUGAGUUGCUGCAAAAUCAGUUAAAGUACAAAGUUGUUGAGGAUGGCGAUUGCUAGACACCUCACCCUCGUGCCACUGUUACUGGCGGCCUUUACUCAAAUAGCAAAUGCCCAAAUCGUAGCGCUAGGAGCAUGCCCCAAAGUUCCACAAGUCGCCGACUUUAAUCCCCAACGGUACGGGGGCCUUUGGUACGAGCAGGAAAAAUAUCCGUUCAUCUUUGAGCUGGGCGGCAAAUGCGUAACGGCCGAAUAUUCCCUGAGUGCGGACAAUACCAUAACGGUUGUGAAUCGCCAGAUUAGCACGAUCACUGGCAAUGAACAAAAGAUCUUUGGUUCAGCACGAAGGGUCGGUCCGUCAAAACUGCUUGUGAAGUUUCCAAUGACAUUUAAUAUCGAAGCACCUUAUGAAGUGUUGGACACUGAUUACAGUAACUACGCUGUCGUUUAUUCUUGCAAUAAUUUGGGAUUGGUUCACACAAAGGUAGUAUGGAUCUUAACGAGAGAUCGAUUCCCCAGUCUGGACAUCAUGCUGAAGGGGUAUUACGCAAUGGACCGAGCUAAGCUUAAUCGCGCUCUUUUGACGCGGACCGAUCAGAGCAAUUGUGACGAUGGCAAAGUUAUUCACGUUUCAGUGCCAGUUAAAGUUAUGCGACAUUAGAUAUUUGUUAAUAGAUAGACAAAGAUUAAUAUAUUUGAAGUGUGAUAACAAUA